UACGGCUCGGACAUCGCCGAGUGCGGCAACACCAAGAAGAACGGCACGCCUCAGCCCGUGCCUGAAGACGGCUUCGUGAAGCACGACACGCUUGGUACCUCUCACCCCGGUCCUUGUGAGAUCUGGUGCGACGAUACCCGCGUCUUCCACAACGUCGACUGCGGGCUUUCCGGCGAGUUUGCCGGUCAAGCUCCAACGAGCCUUCCGAUCGACGUGGCCACGUGCAAGGCGUCGUCCCAGCUUGUGUUUUACUGGCUGGCGCUGCACGUUCAGCCGUGGCAAGUGUACAUCAACUGCGUGACUCUCGACGGCAAGGCAGCGGGCGGCUCCACCAACUCGACAACCAAGGUUACAGCCAAGGUUACAAAGGCUCCU